AACCACACACACAGCACAAUUAAGUUCUCACAUUACCAGCGAGAGCUAGCGAGCUCCCAGUGUAGUAACGCAGACAACACUACUUAGUACCAGCUGCCGCUAGCUAGCAAGCAACCGCAGCAGCAGCUAGCUCUCUCCCUUUCCUUCCUCUCCCAAGCUCAAGAGCUAGCUAGGGUUUAUACGUACGUGCGCACUGAUCUAUCACCGGGACCGGCCGGACUCCGCCGGCCACCGGCCAGCUUAGCUUCCCACACCCGGCCUCCCUUUCGAAUUCCGGCGUACGUACGUGCGCCGACGCGAACAACCCGGCCUCCUCGCGCUCCCGAUCCUGCAGAUCAGCCGGCCGGCCAGCUUCUAAAUCGGCUCAUCGAUCGAUCUCGCAGUACGUAGACACAGCUGGGGUGCUCUAAUUAAGGCUGUAAUUUCAGGCGAUCUAUAGUGCGGCCGGCCGAGAGGAAGCUAUAGCCCAACACCAAUUGCUCGAGCCUCAGAAUGUGAUCGAUACUACUACGAUGAUGAGCACCUUCAGAUCAUGAUAAGCCGCCCGCAAGCACCAUGCACACAAACGAGGAGCCGGGCCCGGACGGCGCCGCCAAUAAGGCGCUGCUGCAGCUGCAUCAGGCGGCGAGCUCUGCAGCCUCGUCGUCGUCGUCGCGGCAGUGGUCGGCGGAGUCGCGGAUCGUGCGCGUGUCGCGGGUGUUCGGGGGCAAGGACCGGCACAGCAAGGUGCGGACCGUGAAGGGGCUCCGGGACCGGCGUGUCCGGCUGUCCGUGCCCACGGCCAUCCAGCUCUACGACCUCCAGGACCGCCUCGGCCUCUCCCAGCCCAGCAAGGUCGUCGACUGGCUCCUCGACGCCGCCCGCCGCGAGAUCGACAAGCUCCCGCCCCUCAACUUCCCACCACCCGAUCCCCACGCGCACCUCAUGGCCAUGGCGCCGCCGCCAUUCUCCGCCACGACGGCGGCGCCCAUGCUGGUCGACGGCGACAAGGCGGCGGGCCAGCUGGGCCGCUGUGACGACGGUGACGAGCUCAAGGGGUUCAUGGGCCUGAGGAGCUCGCUCGGCCUUGUCAGCGGCGCCAUGACGCCGUCCGCGUUGGCGGCCCAUGCCAGCCCGUAUCACCACCAGUACGGCGCCGGCGCUGAGGCUUGGAGCAAUGAUGCGCACGAUUACCUGAGCGGCGGUGGCCGCGGCCAUAAUGGCACGGAUUCGAUUCAACAGGUGGCGACGGCUCACGGGCACGGCCACUCGCCGUAUUUUCCCUCGCUGCUGUCCUUGGCGCCGGCGAUGUCACAGUUCGUGUUCUACUCGGCCGCAGAGGGCGGCUUCGGAUCAGCCAUGAAAGAGGCCGGCGACGGUGACGACGAUGAUCAGUUCCCCGUAGAUAACCUCGACGCUUCACAAGGGCAGCUAUCGCUCAGCUCCGACAGAAGCUUCCUUCACUCCGGUUGAUUGCAUAUGAUCGAUAUAUCUUGACAUUCCAACAAGGUACGUAUAAAAGAUCGAUCGAUCAAUAAUAAGGCCGGCUCCUGGAGACUGGAGUAGUGUUUACUGCUUUUUUGUCCCCUUUUUUUGGGUUCAGGUAAUUAUGUUAUGCUUUGGUUUUUUGGUCGACAUUUAAUCCGGGGAAUCUUCAUUUUGACUCGGGCAUGACGAAGUUAAUAAGCAGGCCGGGUUUUGCUCGUGUGCUAUGUAUGCAGUUUGUUGCUUCUUUUUUAUACAAGAAGUAAUUGUUAAUGUAUUUAUGGGCUUGUGUAAUAACGAUUAAUUUAGAUCGAUUUUAUUUCUGAUCGGUUCCUGCUAAA